AUGCCCUCCCAUUUACUUGAUGUUAUGCACCCUCCCUCUACUGUUUUUGAGAUCAUUGAAAAAGAAUUCAACAGAUUUUUCUGGAGUGGUGUUGAUGGUGCAAAAAGACAACACUGGGCAUCCUGCGAUAAUUUAUCUUUUCCCUAUACUGAGGGAGGAGCUAAUUUCAGGAAGCUCAUGGAUAUUUGUAAAGCUUAUAGUGCCAAACAAUGGUGGAGAUUUAGGACUCAAGACUCUCUGUGGAGUCAAUUUCUCAAGGCUAAAUUUAGUCCUAGAUCCCAUCCUGUCACUAUUAAAUGGAGGAGUGGCCAAUCCCACAACUGGAAAUCCAUGGCUGACAUCAAAGAAAAAGUGGAGAUGGCAAUUUUCUGGAAUAUUGGUAGAGGCAAUGUCUCCUUUUGGUAUGAUCAAUGGACUUCUCUAGGUCCUCUCUAUAAACUACUACCAACAGGGACUGUCCCCAAUAGGAGUGUCAUUAGAGAUGCCUUUAACGGUCAAAACUGGUACUGGAAUGUUUGUGUGGAUGUACCUGAUAACAUCAAAGAUCACAUUCUUCAUAUGAAUCUCAAAUUCUAUGAUGAAGAGGAUAAACCAUGCUGGAUGAAAACAAACUCAGGCAGCUUUUCGACAGGAAGUGCAUGGAAUUUCUUGAGGUCACCUAGAAGGGAGGUUCCUUUUAUGAGCAAAUUGUGGAACAAGUCCAUACCUUUCAAAAUGUCCUUCUUUGUGUGGAGAAUUCUUAAAAGCAAAGUCCCAACCGAGGAUAUUAUUAACAGAGCUCAUACUAAUGAUACUUCUAACUGUGUCUGUUGCAGGAUAGCGCAACCUGAAACUUUAAAUCAUAUUUUUCUUGGCGUACCACUUGCGGCUGCUGUAUGGAACCACUUUGGUUGCCAAUUUGGCAUGCCUAGCCAUUUCAAUUCCUUGCAGCUUGCCCUUGAUACUUGGUGGAAUUCAAGACCUUCUAAUCUUGUUAUUGCUUUUGUCUUCAAAAUUUGCCCUAUAAUCAUUACUUGGUUUUUGUGGAAAACAAGAUGCAGUGGUAAAUAUGGCAGUAAAAAACCUUUCUUGCCCAGAAUUUUCCAUCAGAUCUGCCAAAAUAUUUUAAACGUAGUAAGACUUCAAUUACUUAAUUUUAAAUAUGACCUAUCUUGGAUGGAACUAACUUGCCUUCUUGAGAAAAAAAUGGCUUUUAAAGUGUGCAUGAUAGUCUUCUGGAAAAGACCAGCCAUCAACUUUCUCAAAAUUAAUAGCGAUGGAAGUCACAAGGAUGAAUCCAGUGGUGGAGGAGGUGUGAUCAGAGACUCUCAAGGGAAGAUGAUCAUGGCAUACUCCAUCCCAUUUGACGAGGUUUCCAGCAAUGUGGCCGAAGCCAAAGCCCUUCUUUUUGGCAUCCAAUGGAGCAUUCAAAAUGGGAUAAAUUCAUUGGAAUUGGAAACUGAUUCCAUGAUCCUUGCAGCAUGGGUUAAAGAUGUAUUCAAGAUCCCUUGGCAAGUUGACGCAACCAUCAAGGAAAUUAAAAGAGCUUUGAUUGGCACUUCUUGGUCGAUUCAACACUGUUUUAGAGAAGCUAACAAGGUGGCGGACACUCUUGCUUCAUUGAGCCACUCGUCCCAGACCAACAAGCUUUACAACAAUUUUGAUGAUCUCCCCCUAAAGGUCAAAGGUCUGAUCAAUCUGGACAAAGCAGGUUUUCCAAACUUUAGGGUAAGGAACAAAAAAGCUAAAGAAAUCAAUCUCAGUGAUGUGGUACAUAAUGUAUAG